AUGGCAGACGCGUUUCCAAAAGUCACGCUGGUGGGUGUUUCGACGCUGUCCCUAGGGCCUCUCAUAGCAGCCUCGAUAUUCUCAGCCCUCCUGCUACGUAUCAUUUACAAUCUGUACUUCCACCCACUCUCCAGAUUCCAGGGUCCAUGGUACGCCGCUUCCUUCUCCAUAUCCCACGCAAUCAUAUCAGUACUCAAGAAGGAACCCCAAUGGAUGCUCUCGUUGGCAAAACACUACGGAACCGAUAAACCCAUCCGCAUCGCACCAAAUGUCCUCCUCUUCCCUCAACCAGCUGCUCUCAAAGACAUUUACUGCAACCCAAAAUGCGACACGAAAAGUGAAUUCUACGGCACAGGUGUCCUUGGCCCACCGCAUCUCUUUGCCACACUCGACAGCAACGAUCACAAGAUUCUUCGAAAAGCGCUUGGUGGCCCUCAUUGGUCCAUCGGGGCUAUGAAACGUAAUUGGGAAUCUCGCUUCGAUUCGCAAAUCCAGCAAUUCCUCCAACAAAUGACCGAGGUCGCAGAGAAGAAUGAACCUGUUGUUCUGUGUGAUAGAAUGGUCGAGUUUGCCGCCGACAUCAUGACAAUGAUCUGCUUUUCCGAGCCUUGGGGAUUCGUCUCCAACAAGGCCGACCAGCGUCAAAUUCUUCGCACCUGGCGCAACGGCCAGAUCGCGCUCUCCUUCCUGACACGUUUCCGCUGGUUGCGCGACAGAGUCACCAGGGCUUGGUGGGGGCCAUAUCUUCAACCCAGUCCCGAGGACAAGUUCGGCGUGGGAUACAUCAUGGGAGAGGCGAAUAGACAAGUCGCCGAAAGAGAGCGUCGUAUUGACGAAGAGGGGUUUUCGCAAGAGUAUCCCGAUUUAAUGCAGUUCUGCCUUGAAGCCCGCAUUGAUGGACAGCCCUUGACACUCGAUCAAAAGCGCGCCCAUGCCACGCUCCUCAUCAUAGCAGGCGCCGAUACAACUGCCACCACUCUCGGCUGCACUAUGCGCUUUAUCAUGAAGAAUCCGGCGGUACUUGCCCGCGUUCGAGCAGAGCUGGCCGCAGCUGAGAGCGCUGGUCGUCUCAGCACGCCAAUUCAGCAUGAAGAAACGCGGGAGAAUCUCCCCUUUUUCGUUGCAUGCGUCAAGGAAUCAAUUAGACUGAAUCCUUCCGCAGCGCAGCUCUUUGGAAGAGUCGCUCCUGCAGGAGGGAUUGCCGUAGAUGGCAAAUGGAUUCCUGGAGGCAGUGAAAUGACGAGCCUCUCCUAUGUCGUCCAUCGAGAUCCUGUGCUCUAUGCACCAGAUCCGGAAGUUUACAGGCCUGAGAGAUGGUUAGAGGGAGAGACAGGUGGAAAUACAAAAGAAGUCCUUGCUGAGAUGGAAGCUGCUAACUUUGGGUUUGGGAUGGGUCCACGGGUAUGCAUGGGGAAGGACAUUGCCAUGAUGGAAAUUUACAAGUUAAUUCCGGAGUUUAUCCGCAUGUUCGAUCUUCAGAUGGAACAGGAGGGCAGGUAUGUGGUUAUCGGUGGCAUGGGAAUCAAUGAAGGCUUAGUUGCUCGUCUACGCUUGAAAGAUUAG